AUGGCUGAUCCUGUGCCUACUGAACCCACUCCUUCAGAAAGAAGUGGGUCUGCGAGCAACUGUCCUAGUUCAAGGAUAGAUUUAGGUGGUGAUGGGGUCGUGGAGGAAGAAGAUGGAGGUCAGAGAGGUCAAAGAGUAGAGGUGGAGAAGGUAGAAGAUGAAGUUCAGCAACAAGGGGAGGGGAUAAAACCUCAAUCCCACAGAACCAGCUCCCCAUCUCUCAACGAAGAAUGUGAACAAUGGAAAACUAACAUCCAAUAUGAAGACACCGAAAAACAAUAUCACAUGUUCGAUGACCUUAAUCAAUAUGACCAGAAUGAAAAAUUAUUCAUUGAAACCUUUGAAGAUGAAUUAUCAGGUUACGAAAAUCAAGAUAUUGUGAUGAAAGAGGGUCCAGAUUCUUCAUCUGAUGUGGACUUCGAAGAUUGAGAAUAUCUGCAUCAGGAAUAUACAGAUGAAGAAAUUUUCACUUUAGAGAAAGUGGGAAUAAGUUUCAGAGAAAAGCUCCCUAAAAGUCAUAAAAAUGGUCAGAAAAAUGUUCAGAAAGAAGGUCUUUCUGAUGUUGAAAAGGAACUUCUUGAUCUACAUCACAAUUUGGCAGGAAACAAGCAGAGGAUAAUAGAUCAUCUCAUUCUUGAGCCUCAUUUGCUCCUCUAUUUUGGGAAGCAGAAAAUAACCAAUGAAGAGCUCGGCAGGAAACUUAAAAUCCUGAGAGCAAAACACCGAAGAAUAAAUGCAGCUGUAAAAGUCUGAGCAAUUAGUGCUCAAUAGAUGUGAAGGAGUAGGCUGAGACGAUCAAGGAACACAAUCACCAUAUUGUGAUUUGGAAGGUGUUAGGCAUUCAGACAAUUCUUAAAAGUCCAAAUGUCUGAAUACCUUAAUUUUGAAGGUGAAAGGAGAGAUUGGACAGAGACACAAAUUCUGGCUAAUCUUUUGUCAUUUUAUCGAUUGUUGUAUUAUGAUUCCUUAAUCUUUACAAUGGCUUAGUGGUUAUUUCACUAAAAAGAAUAACUAUAUCUCUUUAUAGUAUGAUUUCUAUGAUAAAGAAAUAUCCAACAAAAUGCAUUUUAGAUUUAGCUAUCACAAUAGGCCUAGCAGCAAUAUUGAUAGGCAUAACAAAACGACAAAAAUGACGAUCCCUGACCUAAUCUUGAAGUUCCCAUUUCUGUACCUCAGGCUAUAAACUUUAAUAAGAUCUUUCAAUU